GAAAAUGCUUCCAGCAGUCAAAUGGCUAAAUUCAAAUUCGAACAAAUUAUUUGUUAUAGACCAAGAAAUGUUUAGCCUUUGCCGUGUUGUUGAAGACAAAAAUGAAUUUAAUAAUGGCGAUAUAAAUAAUAAAUUAAAUCCUAUUAGACAAUUAAAUACUUGUGCAGUGACUAAACAAGAACAGGACACACUUCGUACCUUUGCGUUGGACCACUCACCUGAUUCGUAUUUGGCUUUGGGUUAUUCUACUGGAAGAGCGUGCAAAAGACUUUAAUGAUACAUC